AUGGCCGCUGCCAUCACCAGCUGGGUGCUCAACCCAAUCCAAUCUUUGACAAUGUCUCGACCACGUACUCGCAAAUUAUGGUGCGCUGUCCCUGGCAAUCUUAGGCGGCCAUUCUCUAUAGAGUGUGUUGCAGACCAAGACGAUAUUGAGACACUCAUGAAGAAGAUACGGGACCAUGCACCAGCACACGCCAAGAAAGAUGCAUCUGACUAUGGCGAUCUCAUCCUCUACAGCCCUGUUGUGCAACUCAAUUAUGAAGAGGAGUUUGAUGUGAAAAAUGGUGAAUUCCUACAUCCACGCCGAAUGAUCACGUCCAACCCACUCUUCCCUGAAAGCAAGGAUCCAAAUGUGGAUAUUGUUGUUGUUGUGAGCGGAGGUGCCACUCCACAGAAACGGAAGUGCUUGGAAUCACAAAAUGGUGAGAAUAUCCCAUUCUUAAUGAUAUUUUCAUGCUUAUAG